AUGUGGAGCGGCUGGUGGCUGUGGGCCCUGGUGGCUGUCUGCACUGCAGCAGACACGUUCCUGGAGGAGGCCAAGAGGAUCAUGCAGGACACUCCCGUAAUCGAUGGGCACAAUGACCUGCCAUGGCAACUGCUCAAAAUGUUCAACAAUCAGCUACAGAACAAGAGUGCAGACCUCAACACCCUCAACAACACCCACACCAACAUUGAGAAGCUGAGGGCAGGCCGCGUGGGUGCCCAGUUCUGGUCUGCAUACACACCCUGUGAUACCCAAAACAAAGACGCAGUCAAGAGGACGCUGGAGCAGAUGGACGUGGUCCACCGCAUGUGCCAGCUGUACCCAGAGACCUUUGUGUGCGUCACCAACAGCUCAGGCAUCAGGCAGGCCUUCCAGGAGGGCAAGGUGGCCAGUCUCAUCGGCGUGGAGGGCGGACACUCCAUCGACAGCAGCCUGGGUGUCCUGCGGGCGCUUUACCACCUGGGCAUGCGCUACCUGACCCUCACCCACAGCUGCAACACACCCUGGGCUGACAACUGGCUGGUGGACAGAGGAGAUGACGACGCCCACAGUCAGGGUCUGUCACCAUUUGGGCAGCUGGUGUUAAAGGAGCUGAACCGGCUGGGCGUCAUGGUCGACCUGGCUCACGUGUCUGUGGCCACCAUGAAGGCUGCACUGAACCAGUCCUUGGCCCCCGUCAUCUUCAGCCACUCCUCGGCUUUUGCCCUCUGUCACCAUAAAAGAAACGUUCCAGAUGAUGUGCUGCGGCUAGUGAACCAAACAGGCAGCCUGGUGAUGGUCAAUUUCUACAAUGAGUAUGUGUCCUGUAAUAGCAAUGCCACCCUCUCCCAAGUAGCAGACCACCUGGACUACAUCAAGAAAAUAGCAGGUGCUGGGGCAGUAGGCUUCGGCGGGGACUACGACGGGGUUUCCAGUCUGCCCAAGGGCCUGGAGGACGUCUCCAAGUACCCAGACCUGAUCGCUGAGCUGUUGAAGCGGCAGUGGACAGAAGAGGAGGUCAGGGGGGCCUUAGCCAACAACCUCCUGCGUGUCUUCGAGGAAGUGGAGAAGGUGAGCCGUCACACACAAAUACCUGAAGAGAAGCCCAUCAGCCUGGACGAGCUGGAAGGCUCUUGCAGGACCACAUACGGCUACUCGUCCGGCCCCAGCCUGCAGCACCAGGCCUGGGCCCUGCUGGCCACACCCUGCCUACUCCUGCUCAGCCAGCGUCUUCUCUGA